UUCACAUAGCACCGUUCAUGCACAUGGGUAAACAAGGAGCUAGCUAAAUUCUAGAUUAAAUUACGUAAUUACGCGUGAUGGGGUGGUGGCAGUAAUCUCCUGUCAUAGUUUAUACAACAAAACAGUGCUUUAAAAAUAGAGUUUGAUCGAAAAUGGCGUCCUCGACAGAGCAGCAUGACAGCGACGACGGCAUGGACGAGUUCAUGGAUAAAUUCAAGACCCAGAGAUAUAAAAAUGCCUUCAGUGAAAACAGCUGGGAAGAGGAGUUUAACAAAGUGCCCAUGUUUAUGAAAACCGCACCUGAAGAGAUUGACCCACAAACAUACCCAGAACUAGCUUGCCUGCAGGCCAUUAUCCAUGAUGAAGAUAGACCCCCAGAAGAGCAAGCAAGGAGUCUGAAAGAUGAGGGGAAUGCGUUUUUCAAGGAGAAGAACUACCAAAAGGCCAUACUGUCCUACACCGCAGGUUUGAAAAAGAAAUGUGGUGACCAGGACCUCGACACUGUUCUCCUCACCAACCGGGCGGCAGCACACUUCCACCUGGGCAACAUGCGCUCUGCACUGAAUGAUGCUGCAGCUGCAAAGAAGAUCAAACCAGACCACCUUAAAGCCUUGAUCAGGGGUGUUCAGUGUUGUAUAGAGCUGCACAACUUUGCAGAGGCCGUACAGUGGUGUGACGAGGGGCUCAAGGAGCAUCCCACUGACAAGAAGCUGCUGGAGCUGAGAGCAGUAGCAGAUAAACACAAGAGAGCAGCAGAGAGAGAUGCCAGGAAGGCCAAGGCCAAAGAAAAAAAGUUGCAUAGUGAGAAAGAAGCCCUUCUGGCAGCUAUAAAGGAUCGAGGCAUCAAGCUCCUCCAGCCUCUGAAGCCUCGUCAGCAGGGUUCUGACAGUGAGGAUGAAGGGUCCUCAGCAGCGAUAUCACAGCUGAGCCUGGACAGCCUCAGCUCUCAGGAAGCUACGGGUGCUCAUGUCUUCCUGGAUGAGCAGGGCUCCCUUCACUGGCCUGUUCUCUUCCUCUAUCCUGAGCACCAGCAGAGUGACUUCAUCUCUGCUUUCUGUGAGAACAACAGCUUCAUAGAUCACCUGGCAGUCAUGUUUGGAGAAGAACUUCCACCUUGGGACACGGACAGAAAAUACAACCCACAAAAUUUGCAGGUGUACUUUGAAGACGCGAAGAAGGAGACACUCUACCAAGUAGACCCAGAGAUGUCACUUUUAAAAGUGUUGCAGCAUAAAAGGUUUUUCAUCAAGGCAGGCACUCCCAGCUUCAUUGUUCUGUCAAACGGCUCGUCAUUCAGGAAGCAGUUUUUAACAGAAAAGAAAAUACAAGGACUGUAAAAAUAUUGGCUUUCAAAUCAUGGACUUUUAAUAAACAAGAUUUCAUUUUCAACC